GCCGCCACGUUCAAACACGACGUGAUGACGUUUGAAAUGUUCUUACAAAGACUUUUGAAGCAGAGCGAGAGGAUUCACUCCCAAUUACGUCCGUGCACGUAUUGCAAGCUUUGGCUAGCAAAGGCAAUGGGGUGAAUCUUACCCUCCCACUCUUGUGAUAGGACUGCUCCCGACCCAUCACCCCCUCUGCAGACACCACACUGACUUGCUGUUGGAAGAAGCAGCACUUGUUCAAUUUGACAUUCAAGCUCUCUUUCUGCAGCCAUGGAACACCAGCUCCAGUCUCUACAAACAGAGAUAUUAAAAAUGGAUCACAUCACCUAAAUAUAAAAGCAGCGACUGAAAACUGAAACAGAUCUCCAAAUACUCUUUCUAUUACUUGUGGAAUGUUCUAGGGGCAUUGCACAAGAAAUCCUUAAAAUGCUCAGAAAAAUCUAAAUUUGAAAAUCCACAAUACCAUGACAACUGGACAAAGGAAGAUUGUGCAAUUGGACUGAAAGCUCAAGAUGAGUAGCUACAAAUCGACCUCACUACCCCUGUGACUCACCGCACUACCAGUAAAGGGUGCCAUGUCAAAGGACACAUUUCCAUUCACUUCUACCUCACUGCGCUCUCUGAGACUGGAGCAGGAGUUUCAGGAGUGGGAGGACGCUCGACGAGCGUUGGCUCAUAGGAGAGCCAUGACCAGGGCCCCGCUGCCCCGGGCCCCCAGACCUCCUCCCAGGCAGCAGCAGCAGCUCCAGGAGGUCCGGGCCCCUCCACCUCAGGUCCGGUGCAGAGACACGGCCGUCCACAACACCUUCAUGUGUGGGGACAUGAAAGGAGUGUAUGCAGUGCUGAAGGACCCUGCGAUGGUCAACGCCCUGAUGGAGACGGUGCAUGAGGAGAUGGUGUGGGCUCCAGAGAUGGGCAUGUGGACGCUGAGCUCCAAGGUAAAGCAAACUUCAGCAUUACGUCUGGCGGCCAGCAGAGGACACACAGGAUGUGUGGAGGAGCUGCUGUUUCGAGGAGCUGAGGUGAACGCUGACCCCGGAGGAAACACGGCCCUCCAUGAUGCCUGCAUAGGCGGCCAUGCUGUCUGUGUCCAGCUGCUGCUUUCUCACGGAGCAGAUCCUGAACUGCUGGCUGCAGACGGCAGCGCUCCUCUUCACUUCUGCACCUCUGUCCAGUCAUUCCAGUGUGCUGAGCUGCUGUUAGAGGGAGGUGCAGAGGUCAGUGUGAGGAUGAGGGAGUCAAGGCUCACACCUCUGCACAUGGCCGCUCGGCGAGGCCUGGAGGAGCACGUGGAGCUCUUCCUCAGCCACGGGGCCGAUGUGUUAGCCACAAAUCGAGAGGGGGAGACCCCUCUGAACGCUGCGUGCUCCGGUGCCGAGAGGCCCUCUGAGGCCGGCCGCUAUUUACGCGUGAUCCAAAAGCUGCUGGGUGCAGGAGCUGACCCCAGAACUGCAGGCAGGAAGCAGCACACCCCCCUGCACAACGCCUGUGCAAACUGCUGCCCCCGGAUUGUAGACGUCCUCCUGCAGCAUGGAGCCAAGGCAGAUGUUGCCAACUGUGCAGGAUACACACCAAUGGACUGUCUGUUACAGGUGGUUGAAGAUUAUCCGGACCAGCAACCAGAAGCAAUAGCACGGUCACUUCUGAACCAUGGAGCUAAGCCUGUUUCACCAAAGAUGUUGAAGCGGUGUGUCCUCUCUCCGGCCACUCUGGAGGUGAUGCUGAACUCGUAUACAUCCAUCCCUCCCUGUGAGUGGAUGGACUCUCUGUCCAGUGAGAUAUAUGAGGAGCAGAGGUCUUUCUUGGACUUGGUCUGUCAGCGGAGCGGUCAGCCUCGCUCUCUGCAGCAUCUCUGUCGCUGUGCUUUACGCCUGCACCUCGGAGCCCGAUGUUACUCAGCAGUCAGUGAAUUGGACAUUCCCAGCUCUGUGAGGGAUUACCUGCUGCUGUGUAACGACGGGACGCUCCAGUGACUUCAUAUACAUUUUAACAGUAUGGUGCCUCUUUGAAAAUAACCUGUUUCUGUUACUAACAACUAACUUUGUCAACAUGAAAAACUUUGAAUGGGACUCUGUUAUUCGGUCAUGUGUAAGUAAAAUCAUUAAGACGACAUAAAAAUAAACUUUACCUCCUGUUGGAUUA